AAUGAAGCCAGAGCGGCCUGCCAUGGCGUCCACACUGCUGCUUUCAGCCUUGCUGAGAGUCACGGCAGAUGGCCCGAGCCUGACAAUCUGCAACCCUGCUGUGACUCCGGUGAAGUAUUUGAAGAUGUCCAAUGGCGGCCCCAUCUCUUCUCCUUCUUGUUCGGCAAGUUGGGACCUGCACGAAGUGGAGUUCUUUGAUCAACAUGGGAAUCAGAUCUUUGCAACAGCUGACACCACCACUGGAUCCUCUUGGCGGGGCACAGCCUUGCCUUCCAACACCUUGGAUGGGGAUUUGUCGAGCUAUUGGGCCGGAGAUCAUGAUCAUGGCCUCAGUUGCAGCUGUUGGUCGGAUGAGAAGAUGGACGUACAGGCCAUUGACUUCACUCUACCAGAGGAAAGCUAUCUUUCCAGGAUUGAGGUGUAUCAAGGCCACAAUGAAUUCACGAUGCUCCAAUUGCGUCUGAAAUGUGCCGGAGCUAGUGGCGUUUACGGCUCUGCUGCUUUAGAACUCAACGCAUCCCUGGACCACACAAGCAUCACGUGUAACGCCAGCGGCUGCGCCUCCGAGCUAAACACCACGGAACAAUGGUAUUGCGGCCAGCAAUGGAAUGACGCCAGUACCAGCCAUUAUCCGAAUGCCUGCGGAGCUUUAUCAGCUGUUUGCUGCUUGCUGCUGCUCGUUUGGGCGAGAUGACGGGGUCCCAUGGGGUCCAACAGGGACCCACGCUUGUGGUCUGGGUCUGAUGGUUUUCUGAUUUCCAUACCGUGUUUGAUCGGUGGAUGGCUGAUUUCCAUGGUGGUACACGUGG